ACUCAUCGUUUAUAAGGAUAUCAUUUACAAGAUAUUCACGACUGUUGUGUAUUAUAUGUAAAUAUACGUACAGUACAUGCCCACUAGGAGGCAAUGAAAGAGCCAAAAUGCAGGCACAAUAAAGGUUAAAGUACAACCAAUAACACAUCCCUGUAAAACAAUAGGAAUUUGGAAAAUGGGCACAGAAAUGAGCUGCCAAUCAAAGUCGGAUGUUUUAUAGUCAUUUCUUUGCAUAUUGAGAUGAUUGAGAUUGAGAUUCUUUCUCAGAUUAAAACACAGAACAAGAAUGUUGUUGCACUCCAGCCUGCAGUGUUGCCGGUCACAGAUAUCCCUGAAUUAUUUUUUCUCUUUCAGACAGGGGUCCCAACUUUAACUCCCCCACCCUUUAACAGUAGGACUACAUGGACGUUUUUGGCGCGAUCCGGCAUGCUCCAUCAAAAUGCAGACGUCAAAUCACAUGCAACGGAAAUGAUCCGACGCGACGUGACUGUCGGAUGCAGAGGCCGACAGUUGUGUUGCGUCGGAUCAAUGCUGCGACCCCAUCCGACAAUGCAUUCACUGACCUUAUUUCUGUCGCAUGCGAUCUGAUGCCAGCGUUUUGUUGCAGCGCAUCCGACCCUGCCCUAACUCCAGUCCUAACAAUUGAAAGGUGGCAACAUUAGCAUCUCUGUCUAAACAGAGCUUACACUCUAUUUGAAUUGUAAGAAUCAGAGACCACCAACAGAGCAUUACAUAAAAAAAAAAACAUAAGAAAAACUGCUUAAAAUAAAAUGAAGUGAGACGGGCUUAGCAAACCAAGAGCUUAAAGUAAGAGUGGGGAACCACAAUAAGUAUGUGCAGAACGGGACCCUGUAAUAUAGAAAGGGAGGGGGCUGGGCAGUCUGUGUCAGUGGUUAUAUAGAGCGGGGACACCUGACAAUCUUCCUUUGCACCCACUGCUCCUGAAAUCAGAUCCUCUCCACUCACUAAAUCUGCUACCAGCAAGAACAGGAACUGAGCGUAUCACCUACCUACAGUACCUAUCACUCAGUCCCACCAACUGUCACUUGACCUGGCACUUCAGUAUCUGAACGGACGCAAUAUGGAUACCCAUUACCCACGGGAGGAGGAGAUCAUUCAGAAGGAACCAAAGAAAACAGAUUCUCCCAGUACUAUUAUUACAAUGGGAGCCCCGGCCCCAAUUCGGGAUCACCUGAUCUGGUCUCUGUGCAACACGUUGUACUUGAACCUCUUCUGCCUGGGUUUCAUUGCGCUGAUCUACUCUAUCAAGGUACGAGAUCAGAAGGUGCAAGGAAACGAGCAGGCGGCGCGGCGAUACGCUAAGAAAGCGCACUGCUAUAACAUGCUGGCCACGGUGUGGAACUUCACUGUCCCUGCUCUGCUCUUGGCGGCACUGAUCAUCGGUAUUGUGCACCUGUCCCAGGUAGUGAGCGGCAUAAUAGACUUCUUUGGGCUGAGAGGCGACAGUGAUGACGACGAGAAGUAAAUCUGAAGCCAUGUCACCCCGGCAGCCUGUGUACAAUUAAUCAGGCAGAAGCCACUGUGUGCUGAAUAUGGACGGGCCGUGAAAAUAAAAGUUUAGUAUCACCCGAAUCCCAGUUAGUCAGCCAAAAAAAACAUACAUUUAAAAAGUUGGAAAAUAAUAUAUAUAUAUAUAUAUAUCAUUCAUAGUA